UAAAGCGUAAAGAAUAAAAAGUGACGAAAGGAGUAUGAAAUAAGAAUUAAUGUAAGGAAAAAUUGGCAAGAAUAAUCUCAACUUUGCUCGAUUCGCUCAAAAUAAUCCCAACUUUUGAUUAUUUUUAAAUAAUCCAAACUUUAAUAUGAAUUUGCUUUUAAUGGUCCCAACCGGUUACAAAACUUGUUAUUAUAAGUCACCUGACACGUGUUAGAACGUGAUUGGUUAAAAAAAAAUAAAAUCAAUAAUUAAAAAAAUUUAACUAUCAAGUAAAAAAAAUUAUUAAAAAAACCUUAAAAGAAUUUUUAUAAAAUUUUAUAAAAAAACCUCCAUCAGCCAGCCACCGCUGCCACCAGCGCUCCUGUCCCCCAUCUCGACUGCUGACACCUGGCCCACUUCCCAUCUGGCGGUAAUCACAGGCGAAAACGACCCUUUCCCCGACGGCGAGCUCGGCCACGAACAACCCCUUUCCCGACGCGCCGCCCUCCUACCAAUUCCCCCUCCCCAAUCCACCGCAUAACCACCCCUGAACGACCCCCGUCCCCUAUUCACUUGUUCCCAAAACCUUUAAUCAGACUCAAACACACUACCCACAUUACCCAACCUUGAACAAUCCAGAAAACCAAACGGGAAGGGGAGAGGUGUGGGUUGAGCUUCACCGGCGGGGGAGGGGGGAAAAAUGACCUAGGGCGAUGGGCGCUGGGAAGCCAGUGAGUCAGCAAGGCGCAGGGCGUCAAAGGUGGGGGUCAAGCUGGGUUAGGGGUGCGGCGGCUGUUCCGUUGUAUAAUCGGUGGUUUUUUUUUUAAUAAUUUUUUUAAGUUAGUUAAUUUAUUAAAUCAAUAAAAUAAAUUAAAAUUAUAAUUAAACUUAUUUUUGACCAAUUAUGAAAUGACAAAAAAAAAAAAGAAAUUACCUAUUCAAUAGGUUACAAGUCACCUGGAACCAUUGAAAGCAAAUUCAUUAAAGUUCGAAUUAUUAAAAAAUAAUCAAAAGCUGGGAUUAUUUUGAGCGAAUCAGCAAAGUUGGGAUUAUUCCUAUCAAUUUUUCCUUAAUCUAAUAAGUUGUUCAAUUGGUUAAAACAUUAUAACAACUGGGCUUUCUAUUGUUUUCAUUUUGAAGGCCCAAAAAGCAAAAAAGCCCAAAAGCCCAGCAAAACUUAAAAUUUCGAAAGAAAAGAAACCGCCAUAAAACAAUCCAACGCCAAAAUUCACUCAUUUUCAGUCUCUCUCCUACUCCCGCCAUUCUCCUCAUUUUUCAACUUUUUUCUUUUUCUUCUCUCUUCACUUCGAUUCUUCGUUCUCUUUUCAACGCUCCCAAAUUCUUACUUCUCUCUCUAAUUUCCUGCUUCAAUUUCAAGGGAAUUGAAAUUGGGAUGAAGUCCUCGAAACAGCCGAAAGAGAAGGCGGAACAGCCUGUCAUACAAGGAAGCAUCAGCAAGAGUCCCACAGGCGGGAAGAAAUCUAGAAGCCCCGGAGGGCAGCCAAAAAGAAAAGUUGGAAUGGAUGUACGCUCCACACUUUGUAAAGUUCUCCCACAACAUGGUGACUGCAAUGCGAAUAAUAGCCCUAUUUUAGGAACAGUUAACCCAGUGCCUGUAGACAUCCAGCCAGCAAAUGAAAUAAUGCUACAUCCUCCAAAAAUUGUACUGCAGCUUUUCCCAAUCAAUGACAGAAUUCGGGUGGGAUUGGAAAAGGAUGGCCAUAAUCCAUUCUUGGAGCUAACUCUCAGUGUGAGGAAGAAAAUAUCCUCUGUGCUUAAACACCUUUUCAAAAAAUGGGGCAGUUCUAGCAUUGCAAUGGGCGAGCUGAUGCUAUUUCCCUUCAAUGUUUUACCAGAAAAUUUGACUAAUUGUACAAAGUGGACUUCAAAUGACACUGGCGUUAGUGCAGGAUAUGUUCAUGCUUUGCUUGGGAGCCCAGAAAUUUUCCGCUUAUGGUAUGGCUGGGUUUCCUUUCAACCCAACAGCUCUCCCUUACACUGUACCACACUUGAUCAUGUAGAAAAUGUUCGUUGCCAUACCAUGGAUGGUACUUUUGGUACUAGGAAUGAAGUAUGUGAGACGAGUAAAGUGCUGGAGCCAUGCAAUGAGAAUGAUUUUACAGAUUUGGCAGUUAGGCAGCCAGUUUCAUCUAGUACUUUGCAUCAGGUAGCUCACAAUAAUCAAGAUGAGGUGAAAAAUGAAGACCUUAAGCCAAUCAGCUCCAGAAAUAUAGAAAAUGAUACCACAGCUGAAGAAGACCCUUCAGCCGAACCAUUUAAACAUGAGGAGCCAAAGCUGGAUACCAGCUUUUCUAUGACAUCACUGCUGUGGUCUGAUUUAAGUAAUAUUAGCAUUGGAGGUCUUCUGUCUGAAAUAUCUAUGCAGGGAAGAUUUAGCACUGAAGAUCCAAGGUCAGGCGGUAGCAGAUUGGUACCACAACCUACUGUGGCAGACUCACUAGAUGCAUUCAUUGAACAAUUUAAGUACCCUCAAUCUUCAACUAUGUCUAAUUCUGAUAUGCCCUCAUCUAUUUUGGAUGCCGAAAGCACAUGUCAUUCAUUUGCAUUUUCAAAACCGUCAUCCUCCAGCAAAGACUUACCACCACCUACUCCUGGGAGAAGGGCUUUUUCUGGGUUAUCUGGCCACAAUUCUGCUUCUGAAUCUUUUAAGAAUUCCAAGUCUGAGGUCAAUACACAAAGUGAUCUAUCUGGAAGCGACAAUGUUCAGGAACCCAAAACGGAUCCCCUCCCUUGCUCAACAGGAGUAUUUAACAAUGAGAACAGCCUUGGUUUAUCCAGCAUUAGAUGGAAUGACUCGUUGGGACCCUUUGAUCUUCCCUUAGCAUCGCGGCAGAUUAUUAAAGAUGACAAUUUAAGCAUUGGAGGAUUUGUCAGAUAGCAACUUUGAUCUUCAGAUGCUUCUGGACUCGACUUUGGUAGGUACUAGUUGAGCAUGUGGUUUAUAAUUCAAUUAAUACCAUCUUCAAGUCGUAAGCAGAAGGACUUCCUGGUUCAUACGAAGCUGUCCUGCGUUGUUGUUUUGGCCUGCAUACUUAAUUAGGUGGUGUCCGAAGACAUCGAAGGCCCACCGGUACCUUACAGGCAUGCAUCUGAUCUGCUAUUGUGUCUUAAGAUGGGUGUUGAUAGCUGUUAAUAAUAUUUGUACAGAUCUAAUAGUUGGUCAUCUUCAUGUCUAGAGUUUUAUAUACAUAGAACACCUUCAUGUGGUAGUGGUUAAAUUGCAUAAUUCUUUCAUCAAUGAAAGUACACCAGCUUGUUCCUGGAGUUGUACCAAUCAUAAUUAAAUCUAGACUUUAAUUUAUUUGUUGUAGGUAUUUGAUGGUUCAAUUUAGUGAAUGUGAUAUUAGAGUGAAAUUUAUGAUGCACUUAUGAACAAAGAAAUUGUUGGACAAGAUUUUUAUA